UCUAUCCGCGGGUUCAAUGAUCUACUUCCUCGUCCAUAUUUUAGAUUGUUAUGUUUGUGCAGAGACUGGCCAGUUCGGUCUCCAUCGCCAACCGAGGAGCAUGUCAAGACAAGCGCAGUUCGUGGAGCAUUCUAAUCAUUUCCUGGAUGUCCCCAAAAUUGAAGGAAUUGCUCUUCCAUCAGAUACAGACUGCCUCUUAAGAUGUAUGAGGAAUGAUCAUUGUUUCUCCCUUAACGUUGCUGCGUUUUCCCUACCGAACGGAAGUACAUCGUGUGACUUACUUUCUACCGACAAGUACAAUGCAUCUGACAAGUUCAAAGAGGAUCGCACAUCGCAUCACUUCAGCAUCAUGAAUCCUUGUGAAAACUUUCCUUGUCAGCACGGUGGAACAUGCCACGCAAAUUACGAGACAUACGACUACAGCUGUGCUUGUGAGCAAAACUACACUGGGAACAACUGUGAAAUACCGAUUCGUCGAGACUGUUUUUAUCUUCUGAACGCUGGCCACAAUCGGAGUGGAGUGUACUAUGUCGACCCUGAUGGUAGAGGACACUUCAGUGCUUACUGUGACAUGCACACUGACGGAGGAGGCUGGACCGUGUUUCAGAGAAGACAGGAUGGCUCGGUAGACUUCUAUCGGAAUUGGAGCGACUACAAAGUUGGCUUUGGUCAGCUGACUGGUGAAUUCUGGUUAGGAAACGACAAGAUCCACAGGCUGACGGCUGCUCUACCCAAGUCCCUAAGGGUGGACCUGGAGGACUGGAACGGAGUUAAAGCGUAUGCCAAAUAUGGAAAGUUUGACAUCGGUGAUGAGCAGCUACACUAUCGACUUGAUGGGGGUUCAUAUUCAGGGACUGCUGGGGAUUCGUUAAAAUAUCAUUAUAACAUGGCGUUCAGCACAAAAGAUAGUGAUAAUGAUUACUAUUAUCAAAACUGUGCUGUAAUGUAUACUGGAGCAUGGUGGUAUAGAAGGUGCCAAGAUUCCACUCUGAAUGGAAAAUACUUGGGAGGAAACAAGCGUGGUUACGAUGGAAUCCUGUGGGGUGACUUCAGAGAUCGACUUUCCCUUAAAUUUGCAGAAAUGAAGUUGAGGCCAGUAUUGUAG